UUCUUUUUAAUAUUUUGUCGCAUUAUGUCACUCUCAGUAGUAGAAGCCAAACUUGAAGCCGAAUCAAAAGCUUUCCAAGAAUUACAAAAGGAGUUGACAAAAGCCAUUGAAUCAAGACAACGAUUAGACUCACAACAACAAGAAAAUGAACAAGUACGCAAGGAAUUUGAACAUUUAGAAGAUGAAGCCAAUAUUUACAAACUCAUUGGUCCUGUGUUAGUUAAACAAGAAAAAUCGGAAGCUUCAUCCAAUGUCAAAAAUCGUCUUGAUCUGAUCUCUAGUGAAAUUAAACGGGUAGAAGGUCAACUAAAAGAACUGACUGAAAAAUCAGAGAAGAAGAAGGCAGAUAUCACGCAAUUACAAAUGCAAUACCAACAACUUCGAUCUGCACAGCAAUAAUUAUAUCGUAUUCCCUGAAAUAAAAUAAUCUUUUUUUUUUUAAUGGUCGAA